UAACUUUAUGGCACUUGAGUCUCUUGAGGAACAGGCUGGUGCUUCGUAAUAAUCGACACAUAAAUGCAUAUGGAAACAUUCUGCUACUAAGCUGCACAACAGGUUAAACACUAGCUGCAGGCCAGCAGACAUUUCAAUUAAUUUGAUUGAAGAGGGGAAAACAUGGAAAUGGCCCAGCCCAAAAAUUAGCAUGAAGGGAACCGAACACAGACAGCAUAUAAAGAGGUGCAGGUCUGUUACUUAGUUUGAGUGUCGGCAGUCAACCUUCGUUAUGGCUUUUACAGGGAGCUAUGUGGUGGAGAGCUACGAGAACUACGAGGAGUUCAUGGAAGCUCUUGGAUUGCAGAUGCCCAAAGGCAAAGUAACUGAGGAAGUCGUAACAGAGAUCCAUCAGAAUGACGAGUUCGUGAUGACUAAACACUUGAAGGACAAAACCUGGUGCAACAAAUUCCACAUUGGGAAGGAGGCGGAGCUGCAAACUGUGGCAGGCGAGAAAUUCAAGACCACUGUCACCCUGGAGGGAGGCAAAUUGAAGAUUCAGUUUCCCAACUACCUUUACACUGCUGAGGUGGUCGCUGACAAGCUUGUCGAGGUCCAAACUGUGGCUGGGGUAUCCGCCAAGUUGAUCAGCAAGAAAACAAAAUGAGCAAAAUGAAGAUCUCUUUAAUAAAUGAAUAAAUUUC